AUGAUGUGAUUACCUUCUUAGUUCUUACGCGUUAUUCCAAGUCUGUAGACAGCUCGACACGGCGUCUCGGUCCACAUGCAGAGACCAGUAGCGUUCGAGAUGUGAUUUGCUAUUUCAUGUAGCUGCAUGUAUCUGAGGCAUGCGAAGUAAAGUCGCAGUCCAAGAUAUUGUAUUUCACAUCACCCGUCGUGUUCCUAAUCAUCCUAUAAACAGAAGAGAAAUUGGAGAAACAAAUAGCUGUAAUAAUGCAAUUUGUUCACAGCUAUUUUCAUAAAAAAGUCUUUGGUAUGCCAUUUUCCAGCGUAAAUCAUCCGAAUACGGACUUGGCAUUUUACAAAAUUCGCCACACUUAUGUAGAUUUAAAUAGCGACUUCACUAAAAUUUUUCUCCUAGGUCAUGCGUUCUCUGAGUUCCGUAAAUUAAAAGCAGUGAAUGAAUAUAAGAAGUACAAACGGAAACAACGGACGAUAUCAAAAAGUGUGGACAAGGUAACUUCUCGAAGCAGUUGUAAUAACCUAGUUUAUUAUUAGCAUGACAAAAUUACUGGAAGCUGAUUGGUUGAGAGGAGUACAAUUAUUUCAUUAAUUGUACUGCAGUACAAUUAAUGAUUUUCCCAAAACAAACAAAAUGGCGGAAAGGUAUUUUAAACACAAGCAAGCGUGAAAUGAAAUUGCCCUGGAGGAACUAGAUGAAAAUACGGACAAAAGCACGAAAUUUUGCUUUAACACAAGAACUAAAUGAAAAUAUGGACAAAAGCACCAAAGUUUGUUUGAAAAUCUGGCAGGACUGGGCUGUGGCGAGAGAAUAUGAUGUUAACAUUGGGAAGUAUCCAAUUUUGUCAUGCUAAUAAUAAACAAAUAAUCAUGCGAUGUUGCUCGUACAAUUAUGGAUUAUCGUGAUGUUUGGAAAUUUGCCAAAUUGGACUCGCCCCGGCGGCCCCUCCAAUUUUGGCAAAAUGUCCAAACAUCACUCGUACUAUUAAUUCCAAAUUGUACUCGCCAUCGCAUGAUUACCUAUACUUAUUUUUUAAUGUAAGCACAGCUGGUGAUGUUUUUCGAUUUCCUGAUUGGCUGCGUGCGCGGGCGACUUUUCACGAUAUCUUAAGCCAGUGGUGGAUCCAGCAAAAUUUUUUUUUUUUGGUGCUAACCAAUGGCGAAACGAGCGCCGAAGGCGCGAGAUUUCUAGGGUGGUCCGGGGGCAUACUCCCCCGAAAAAGUUUUAAAAUUUGGGUCUCUGAAAUGGCAUUUCCAGCAUUCUGAGAAAACAUUCUGGAAAAUUUUUAGAUUCUCAAAACAUUUAAAAAUUCAGAAUAUUUAAUAUUGGCUAUUCCGCUAUUGUCAACUGGUGAUACGCAACUGAAUUCCUUAACAUAAGUUGGUUAGAAUUAGGAUAAACGUCAUUUUUGCCCCCCCCCCCCAUGCACCCCUGUUGACCAGAGCCUGGGGGGUGUGCACCCCCCUAAAUCCACCACUGUCUUAGCUGGAGUUACACGAGCAACAAAAUUGCUGCAACUUGCAACAAAGUCUGAUUUCAACGCAUGUUAUACGUUAAGUAGAAAUGUUGACACAUGUUGCCUUGUGAUUUGUAAUGUAUGUGUAAACAUUUUCAAUUAACAUGCGUUGAAAUCAGAUUUUGUUGCAAGUUGCAGCAAUUUUGUUGCUCGUGUAACUCCACCUUUAACCGUGGUCCAAAGAGUUACUUUUUGGCUAUAAAUUUGCAUAUAUAAAUAAUAAAUAAACAAAAUGGCGGCACAACUCACAAGUUUAUAAACUACGAUUUUCCAAGUUUAUCAUGGUAUGAAUGUUAUUGAUUUUUCUUUUGUCGCUAUGUAACAAAGCACUUAAUGUAUCGAGACUCUCGGAAAAACAAAAUUAACCAUUUCCCUUGGGAGCGGACAAUAUAGAGGUUCAGAUUUGACUUAAUUUAAUUUAAUUUAUUAACUUUGCCAGAUCCAAACAAUUAACGUUAACACAAAAACUGGCAGGGCAAACGCAACAGCUUGCGACAAUUACUGCGAUACCUAAAUGUUAGACAAAUACACUAUAUACGUACAUAGAAAAAAUCAAUUACUAACGAACUAUCAGAUUCAACUUUUCACAUUGCGACCCGCAGGACCACUUCUAAUUUUGGAAGCUGACUGAAUCAGAAGACGUUUAACCCUCACAAUCCUAAACCUUUAGCAAAACCCUGGAUAGGCCCCAUAGAUACCAAUGCGAAAAGCUACUUCUGAAAACUAUUAAAAUCUAAAAACAACACGUUAUCGGCCUUGUAAGGUCGCGAGCUUGAUUGCAUUUUAAGCAAACCGUUUUCCAUGUUCGUGGAUCGUCAACGUCAUAACAUUUGUCUAAUGCUGUUUUAUAAUAGGUAUAUAACUUACUUUUAAACUCCUUUAAGGUUGCCAUGCCAUUAAUAGUAACUAAAUUUCUUGGCAGUGUCUUCCAGACUCUAGUAGUCCUUAUUAGACAACCUCGUACCCAGGGCCUUUGCGCGGUUCAGAGGCUCUGGUACGGGAAGCAAAGGCCCUGGUAAACACUGGUCACGUGUGUCCAAAAAUAUUGGACAUUUUUGUAACCUGGCCUUAUUUAGGUCAUGUUAUCCCGGGGGGGACGAACAACUGAACAUUGCAAUGCACGAACUAUAAAAGUUUCAAAUACAAAUGAUUUUGCCUUUGAUUUCUAAAAUAUGAAUGUAUAAGAAUUGUUUGAAAAUUCAUAUUUUAAAACAACAGACAGCAGAUUUUAGGCUUGUUUUUAUUUUGAUGGAAAUUAUAAACUUUGAAGUCACAUGGAUUUUGAAUUAUGCUAUAAAGAAUGCAGUAUAUUCGAGGUAAACGAUUUUAUGAUGCAUAUAUAAAAUUAUAUUCUCAUAUCUUUUAAUUUAAUAUUUAUCAGUUUAUAUAUCCUAAAUUCCAGCAGAUUCGUGGCUGUCUGUUUGUAUAAUUAGUUUUCUUCGUUUAAUUACUCCUCCAUCUUUCGCUUUUGAAUAUAAACCCUCCUUCAUGCCUGAUAUAUUUUUUGGUUAUCUAUAUCCUUCACUUAGUUCACUAAAAUCAAAAUUUUAUGUUCCAGCUUGCUCAGAAAAUAUUCAAUCUUUCAUAACUGGAGUUCUAUUUGACAUGUAAAAUAGUUAGGCAGUACCCUCAGUAAGAUACUUAUUUAACUGGCUGACCAUUAUAGUAGUCAAAAGUUAAUAAAUGAAUACAUGCAAAAAUUACAAAUUAACUGCCCUCAUACCAAUCCAUUGGUCUCUGACUCAUCCAAUAAAUACUUAACAGAAUAGUGUGAUAUUAAUAGAAAAGUGUAAAAAUGCCAACGUUACCCAACUUUGUGUGACAAGAAAGUUAGAUUACAUUAAUUUUACAGUCAGGUAUUCUUUUCUUUAUCGCCUCAAUACUCUGGUUGAUGAUUCCAGUGGCCCCCAUAAAAUUCCAGUGGCCCCCAUAAAAUUCCAGUGGCCCCCAUAAAAUUCCAGUGGCCCCCAUAAAUUUCCAAUGGCCCCCAUAAAUUUUACUGGAGAAAAUGUUUCCCUCACUUCUUGCCAUUAAAUCUCCAUAGCCCCCAAUUUUACCCAUCCAAGGGAGAGUCCUGUGUAGUCACACUACAGUAAUGGGCAUAUGGGAUAAUCAAAUAUGGCAUACUUUGUUAUUUUUCUCUGUCCAACACCAGACAAUUUUACUUGUCAAGUGUACGAUUAAGUGAGUAAUAAAAAGUGGCUGGAUAUCCCAACUUUUGCUCCAUAUAAUUGGACUUUGGUUGUGAGCAAAAUGUAAAAAGACAGUUACCAGUAAUACUCAGGGGCGGAGCGAAGACUAUCCUUUUCGGGGGGUGCAAGACAACUUUUUGCCGACAAAAGGGCGUGGCCAGCACGUUGUUAGGGCGUGGUCAAAACGAACCGUAUUCAUUUUUAAGUGAUGUACAACGAUGAAAUCCGAGUAGUAAGAUAAUUUAUUAUUAAAAUAGGCGAAAUAGUUCUUUAAAAUACAUGGUAUAAAUUUCAAAAAAGCACAUCCAAUCGUCAUCAAACGACCAAUUACAAACUAAACAAGUCAGUUUCUCUCUCUUCCGUUUGCGUUUUUGCUUCCUACUGUCCAUACUUUUAAAUUAUCUUCGUAUUUCUCAUUGUAUAUAAGACCGUUAGGUGUAAUUUCUAAGACUUUUACUGGCUUUACAAAAUUAGGAAAUGAAGCGCAGACGCAUCAACAGUCAACACGCACAUGUCACUUCGAGUUUCCUAUGGUAUCAUAUUUCACAAAAUUGCAAGAAAAUAUAAUACUAUUAAAUAGCGUAUUAGCGUAAUAAGUUCUUGGAGCUUUCAGUCAACAUACCCAUCUUUUCGAUCUCGCAUUUUCUACAAAUUUUCUACAAACAAUCUCUCUCCAAUCAGGUAUUGUCUAUUGGCUUGAUCCAAUUCAUGUUACCGACAACUGAUUUAUUGUGCCGACGGACACGGCAUUGGGGGGGUGCGGCACCCCCCGCACCCCCCCUUAGCUACGCCCCUGGUAAUACUGGCCUUACUACAUCCCAAUUAUUUACCUUGCAACCUUGAGCAGUUGUGCUGUUACAGCAGAAUGUGGUUUCAAAUGACAGUUAUUUUAUGGCAAUUAUGAUAUUCCAGUGUGCCAGUAAGACAUUUGUUUCUCUUUUAGUAUUAUGUCGAAAAGGUGAUUGCAGGGUAUUUAGAUCCUGGAGUGAUGUGAAAUGGCCCUGACCUUGGACAAUUAAGUAAUAUAUGAUAAUAUGAGUGGUGUAAAAUAGGAAAUUUUUUAUUCAUUCUGAUUGACUAAUAAAAUUAGAAUGGUGAGAAUAAUGAUGAUGAUUAGGUAGUGAAAUACAAGUUGUGAUGAUAUUGGUGAUGCACAUGCAAGUUGUAAGGAUACUGCUGAUAAUGAAAAUAUAUUGUAUUUGUAAUGAGACAUAAAUAAUAAAGAGAUUGGCAGUAAUGAAUGUGUAUGACUUGAUCAAUUGUGUUGGUGAGAAGGCAAUAUAUUGCCACCUAGAUGAAUUAAGUCCCAUGAUGCCAUUUUGUGUUCAAAACUAACUGUUCUCAUCAGCUCCAAGCAUAACUGGGAAAGCUGGUUUCAAUCCUGUUAGCUGAUCUUGGAACUAUGUGCACACAUAUAAAUAUUUAUUUUUUCCCCUCAUGAAUUAUAUUGUUUGCCCAAAAAAUCAGUUGAUUAUUUCAUCUAGAAACAGUGUGAAUUUUGUUUGAAUUUGGUAUGUUCACUCUGUGACAAGUGAAAGUGAUAUGUAAUUCAUGCAUAAUAUGGUGAUUUUUGGUUUCAGGAUGUAAAAAAUGAAAUUUUCUUACUGACAAAAUUCAGUGCAACCAUAUUCAUUAAGCCUCUGUGUCUCUCUAAGCCCUACCUCCUCAAUACAAAUAAAACUCUGCAUAGCCGGAUAGGACUAAAUAGGUUUUUAAUUUUGCUGACAAAAGUAUGAUGCAUCAAAACACCCAAUUUUUGAGACCAUGGUAAAGAGGUAAUUAUAGUAUUCUCAGUAAGUGGAAUAAUUGACCAUCAUGGAAAUUAUGUAGGCUGAAGUAUUUAAAAUGUUUAAGAAUGUAUAAUUGUUGGUUUUUAACCAAAGCCAAAGAUAUUUGAAAACAAAGUAUGAUAUGUCAGUCUGAGUCUCGGUGUUCAACUAUCAGUGUAUUAUUUGUAAAAAGUGUCGGUAGUCACAAUGGUGACAAUAACAUUUGUGUGGUUAAUCUGGUUGAAGCAGAGAAUUUAAUUGAUCUCCUAAUAAAAGGCAUGUUUUCUUGGGUUUGUAGCAAAGGUCUUUCAUGAAUUCUAAGACAGCCCAUGCAGUUGCCAAUUGUAUUGAACCAAAGCUACUAGACAGGGUUCAAUUACAGCUUUUUUUCAAGAUAUUCUUACAGUAUAUACUAUAAGAUGCAACUGACAAAUGAAGUAUUUCAGAAAAAUAUUUACCCUAAAAUUAUUAGUGACUUGUACCGUGACUAAUAUUAUGUUACAGCUUUGGUUCAAAUUUCAUAAAUCAUGAACCGAUGUACAGUAACUGCAAAUGUAAACAAAUAGGUGAAUGCACACCCAGUAUACAGACUGUUAUUUGCCUUUAAGACUCCUAAGUCACAUAUCACUAAUAUCAGAUUCGUAGUAAAUUUGUUGUUUCAAGAUCACUGUAUAUUAUUUCUCAGGAUUGGUACCUCCCCCCCCUCCUUCCAGACAAACAGAAAUAUAGAUGAUACAUCCCAAAAAAAUAAAUAUGAAAUUAACUCACACACACAAAGGUUUCAAGAUACUGUGUAUAAUUUCAUUCACAACUGUAUUUUAAACUACAUACAUACGGAAACCAACCUGUCACUCGACCAGUUAAUUGUUUCAAAAUAUUCUGCUUUGAUAACUACAUGUUUUAUAAUACACAUGAAGAAUUUCGUUUCCAUAGAUGUCCCCUCUGAUUUAUCCUUCCAUAAAAGUACAAUAAAAUCCCAAGUGAUAUUCUUUGGUCAAUACAUAAAAAUUACUUAUAAUCAACAAUGUUUGUUUAAUUCUUUAUAAAACGUCGCACACAAGCAGCUGCAUUGGAUACAAAAUAGACAGUUUAAAGACAGAUCACUCGACUAGUUUUCUCUCAGUUUGAUCUUCGUCCUUCGAUCUUUGAUAAGUAUUACCGUUAGCUAUUCCGUAAUUUGUUGAAAGAAAGCUCGUAGAAUGCAUAGAUAAUAUAUACCCACUCUUAAAUCUCACUAGGAAAGUUUUAUUUAUCAUAAUAAUAUAAAAACUCGAAAACGUCGCUCCUUCGCGCUGCCAUGUUUGAUAAAAUCAAUCGGCUCCGCUCCCCCCGGAUUGAAAACUAAAUUAUUACGAAAUGUCCAAUAUUUUUGGAGUCACAUGACCAGUGUUUACCAGGGCCUUUGCUUCCCGUACCAGAGCCUCUGAACCGCGCAAAGGCCCUGGGUACGAGGUUGCUUAUUAGAUAGGAUUUUUGAUAGGUAGAUGUUUUACAUGCUGAAGUCUGAAAUUGUAGGCAGUCGGGAUUUGUAGAACGGGUACGUUGACUUGUGCUACCGCUACCAUUAAGCUAUCAUUAACCAAUCAGAUGCGUUUGAUAUAUUCGAUUAAUCAAUCAGAUGCGUACUAAGGGAGUGUUCAUUAUUUAUACCGGGGUGGUACCGAAGAGGAAUGGAUUGGGUAAGCCAUUUUUCUGGAUGUAUGUAUGAAGGGUAUUGUAAUUACUUUUCGGAACAAAUCUUAUGGUUGGGUAAAUUAUUUUCAAUGCAAACCUUUAACUAAACAAAAUAUGUAAAUGAAUCAUUCCAGAAAACAUCCAAACCUCCCCCACAGAGGAAAUUGGAAAUUAAACCCCCUAUCCCCUUAAGAUAUCCUAAUACACUCAGGGCCGCCGAGAGGUUGGCGGGGGCCCGGGGCAAAAUUUUUUUAGGGGCCCCUAUUUCAAAAUUUUUUCCGGAAAAAAUUUUUCCCGGAGAACAACAAAUUGCUAAUUGCAAUUGUUGUAAUUGCUUUCCAGUGACUUUACCUCAAUUUUUCAUACCAAAUUUCGGUACUUUGUCAAAAAACCCCACAAAUAUCUUGCCCUUUGCGCGGAAAUAUUUAACCCCCAAAAAUGACUGGGGCCCAACAAAACAUUUCUAGGGGCCCCCAGAACCUGGGUCCGCCGCGUCCUAUAUUUCACAGCAAUAUUUUUUCGCUAACCAAUCAUACCACUGAAUGUAGUUUUCCCUUGAUGGUACACCACCGGCUUUACAUCUUCAAGAAGUAGUACAGAAACCUUGAAUUCCGUACUUUUUGAGACGCUCAGAAUAUUUUUUGUUUUUAAUAAGAAUAAUGUCGAAUGUUUGUCCCACAAUUACUCGAGUAAACCUCAACAAAAUUUAGAAUUUCCAAAAUAUCAUAUUGUACCCCCCGUCCCGCCAAUUCAGGACACACAGGACUACACGCGUGAGUGUCAGUGUAUGUUUUUUAACCCUAACCCUAUACUAUCCAGUCUCAGUGUAUGUUUUUUCAAAUUGUACGAGAAAUCGUGCUUUUAUCACGUGCAUUGUUGGUAAUAGCACAUCUUCUUUUUUUGCAGGUCAUUGAUGAAAUCGUGGAAAUUAGCCCAAAAGUAAAUAGGUAUGUUUGUUUUUGUGACUGUCUUAUAACACAACAUGUAUGAUAUGUGGAAAUACAGUGCAAGCACUGUCAUGUUCGUGUCCAAACAUAAUUAUUUUGAAAAGAUGUUCUCUGAUAUUUUUCUGCGCCUUCACUUUGCACUUCUUGACUUAGUUUCUCAACUCACUUUGUACCGAUUAAUUGAAGUCGUCAGAAAGGUUGCUGAAAAAUCGUAUUCUAUUCUGAUCCAAAAAUUUUCGUUCGUUCACCCGUUCGAGAUAAAUGUGUUUCUAUGGUGUAUAUUUAGAGGUAGCCGUUUCAAAGUGAAGAACAAAUACCAAACAACCCGGGACGAAUACGAGCAGGAUAAGGCUGAGAAAGAUCGAUCACGGAAGGUAUGUUUUAAUGUUUACCAUUGUUUAUCUGUUAGAUGGAGAUCACAGAUCACUGUUGUACAUGUAAAAAUUUACAGUUAGACCUCAGCUUCGAUACGGAUACCGUUGGGAUACAGUAUGCAAAGUCCGUUUUCUGGAAUUUUUGUUUUCGAGAAAAUAUAUGAGUAUUAAUAUUAUCUAUGUCGGUACAUUAGAUGUUGCAAAAAGAAGACGUGUCCGUAUUAGAGAAGUGUGUAUAAGGAGAGGUUCCGCUGUAAUGUAUUAACUGUUAUAUAAAACACACCAUAUUAUUAUAGUUAUUUUUAGUUGAAGUGCUCCUUGUAUUUAAAUUGUUAUAUAAACGGGCGUUGUGAAAACCCGGAAUGGCGGAAUAUCACGGAAUAUCACGACAUUUUCUCGGAAUAUCACAAUAUUUUCGGAUGGUAGACAACAUAUUUUAUUACAAAAGUGAUGGAUCUUUCCCAUUUUGACGGUAAGUAACAAACAAUAACUCUAUACUGGAAGUUUUGUAUGUUGUUUAUAUCAUUAUUACGCCAAGUGUUCACCUUAAAUUUUGAAUCAAUAUAAUUAAUUCCUCCUGAGUUACAGCGUCUUGAAAAAUAGAAGUGCUGACGUCAGCAUUAUUUUCGAACGCCUUCAGAACUGUGUUAAACACAAAAUUUAGGUAAAAAUUAUUGGUUAAUAAGGUUAAGACAAUUGGCUCAAACUUGCCUUUAUUUUGGAAUUUGAUUUUUGGAUAAAUGCUUGGUGGUAUAAAAUGGUCAAUUUUAACUAAAUUUUGUGUAUAAUACAGUUCUGAAGGCGUUCGAAAAUAAUGCUGACGUCAGCACUUUUGUUUUUCAAGCCGCUGUAACUCAGGAGGAAUUAAUCAUAUUGAUUCAAAAUUUUUGAUAAACACUCGUAAUGAUGAUAUAAACAACAUAUAAAACUUCCAGUGUAGAGUUAUUGUUUGUUACUUACCGUCAAAAUGGGAAAGAUCCAUCACUUUUGUAAUAAAAUAUGUUGUCAGGCGUCCAUGUUUAUAAACAGUCGCAUGGCUACCAUCGCAAAAUAUUGUGAUGUUCCGGUAUAUUCCGUGAUAUUCUGUGAUAUUCCGCCAUAUUCCGUGAUAUUCCGCCAUUCCGGGUUUUUACAACGCCCUAUAUAAACGUACGAUUUUCAAUUGAAAUUGCACAAAAGUCGUCACAAAAAUGAAUGAUUAUACAUUGCAAUACAUGCCGCCAAUUUUCCUGUCUCGUUUCCAGGCUCUGCUCUUGUUUUGUUAAUUGCCCUUAGCCAAUCAGAAUUGAGAUUCUAAAAUUUCACAUAUUUCCAUCCAUAAAUAUUUUAAUGCAAGUUACUGUUGCAAUCAUAAGAUUUUAGUUCCAUAGGAGUCAACAUCGAAAUCUUUACUUUACUUUACUUUACUUUACUUUACUUUACUUUGCUCUAGUUCAUUUUAAGUGUAUUUUAACAUAAAAUAUAACGAAUCAUGUGUAUAAAUGCAAAUGUUGUUACAAAUCUGCAGUGCUGUUGUAAAUUUUAUGGACCACUUCGUUUUAUAAUAAAGCUGAAUUUCUGUUGUUCUACUUCAUUUAUGACAAACCCGAUUUUUUGUGCUUAGACUUUUAUUGACAACCCGAUUUUCUUCGAUACUGAAUUUUGAAAAUAAACUUUUUGAAAGAGUUUUUGUGAGUUACCAAAUUUAGUUUCUCACAAAACAGGAAACAUCAGAGUCCUAUUUAUUUGACAAACUGAAUUUUCCGUUCUGCAUUGAACUAGUCACAAGGUUUUGUCUGAUGCGGCCAAGAGAUUCAAUAAGGCGUCUGACAAGGAGUGGAAUAUGUUUCUAUGUAAUCUAUUUUGUUCGUUUAGUCCUCACAAUACUUUAUUGUUUACAUAGGAGAGACGACAGAAAACACGAGGCAUAUAAACAAUUCUUUUCUGAAAAAGAUGUUAACACAGAAUUUUUCACAAUCAUCGGUACUUAAGUUGAUAAAUGAUCAUAGUAUAAUUAUGACUAUUAGUAUUUGCACCCAAAACCACGUAGCUAGCUUUAUAGGUUUAUCAUAAAAAACAAGUGGCUAUUUUGUACAAGUACAUGGGUAAUGUUUUCUGUAGUGACAAAACACAACAUGAACAAUAACGACUAUUAGUCAUACAUACUAAUAGCGAAAAAUGCUGGGCAAAAACUUUUUCAUAUCUCUUGUAUUGAUAACAAUAAAAAUAUUUUGAAGCAUAAAGAACGACCAAAAUUAAUUACAUAGAAAUAUUUUCUGCAUAUUAAAUUUUGUCGCCGCGUGAGAGCCUGGUGACUAGUUGCUUCAGAACGGAAAAUUCAGAAAAUAGGACUGAAACAUAUGGGCAAAUCGAUUUGCUGACGGUUCCUGUUUUGCGAGAAACAACUCAUAAAAUUGUUUUCGUAUAUUAUCAAUCGUAUGAAUUUAACACAGCUUGAAGAGAUCAAAACAGAGGCUGUCUAUUGAGUAGAGUUCCACAUUAGUACUGAACCAAUUUUCUGAAUGUCCACUUCUUACGUACCAAAAUGCAAACGUCGUACACGUAAAGCCCUGAUCAAACGAGAACGCAAGCCGUCGCAAGUUUUAACGUGCAAUUGCUUGCGCCUCGUUUGACCACCAACUUGCGUUGACUUGCGAAUGAUUUGAGCAGGUUCAAACUUCAUCGCAAGCUUUUUUAAACUUGCGAGCACUUGCGAUACGUUUGAUCAGAAGUGUAAGCUAAAGCAAGUUUUUUGAGACCAUUUUCCAUGGACACCAUGGUCCCUAUAGUCUAUAAAAUGACCCUUUCCUGGUCUUCGCUUAAUCCGUUCUCUUGUUUUCCCACGUUUCCAAACCUGAGACGUUUCGUCUUCAUCAAGUAGAGAAAAUAACACAAUGAUGUGGCAGCUUUUUGCUUCAUUUUACAUGGCAUUUUCAAAUGUUUUUACAUUCGUUUUAAAUGAGUUUAAAUGACGGCCAUGUUUUGUUUAGAUUUUUACAACUUUGCAAAAUUACAAAAUUACCCGCACACGGGCCAAAUAUUGCAAAUUGUUGCGAUAACUUGCGUAUCGUUUGAUCGGUCCCAUCGCAAUUCAGGGCAAGUUAGAACAAGUUCACUUGCGAUGACUUGCGUUCUCGUUUGAUCAGGGCUUAAAAGCUCUGGAUUACCCAUCGUAAACAGACCGUGGACGACGUCCACUGUAAAUCUCUCAUGGGAUUUUAAUUAUUCAUUUAUGAUUUAAAAUUUCAUUGUAUUACUAGCCGUCGUCGUCACGUUGCCAUCCUAGAUCUUAAGGUUUAAGGUGGCUCAAUACAGUUUUUUUUAAAAAUUGAAAAUUUGUGAUUUAGGUGCGUAUGUUUCGACAAGUAUUACUUAUUCAAAAACAAAAAGCAUCCUACUUUAUAUGUAAAACAACAUCUAAAGAGUUUGCAUUUUUGCACAAAAGUUACGCAACUGCCGUUGCUAUGGCAACAAUGACGUUUAACUAUGGCGGAUAUUUUGACUUUAAAGUAAUUUGACUCGAAAACGACAUCGGUAAUCCCCAAAUUUUACUUCAUAAAAUGGUUUGUCUUAGUACAUUGAAUUACGUUGGCAAUUUAAAAAAACUCUGUGGAGCCGAAAUUUUUAAAAUUACGUAAAAUGAAUUAUUCAUAACAAUUUUUUCUUGGCUCCACAUAAUUUUUUUAAAUUGUCAAAAUAAUGUAUUAAAUUAAGAGAAAUCAUUUUUUAAAAUUAAAUUUGGGGUCACCGAUGUCGUUUACGAGUUAAAUUACUUUAAAGCCAAAAUACCCGCCCUCUUGGGACGUCAUUGUUGCCAUAGCAACGGCAGUUGCAUAACUUUUGUGCAAAAAUUCAAACUCUUUAGAUGUAGUUUUAUAUAAGCAAGAUAAUUUUUUUAUCAACAAGAAAUAAUUGUCCAAAAAUACGCAUCUAAAUUCCACUUUUUUAAGAACUGUAUUGAGCCACCUUAAAUGCAGCUUACCAUAUUGUAUGAAGAGUUUUAUGCUCUCUGGCUAAAUAUUGGCGUAAACGAAAAGUGUAGAAUUUAUUUUUGUUUUUAAAAUCAACCAAGAUGGCAUGUAUUGCAAGUUACGAAUAGGAACUCAUCUGUCUCCUGGCUCGAUGGGGAAAGAUAAAAAAUUGUUGUUACUAAAAUAAAAGUGAUCGGAAAAAUGUGGUAAUAAUGUCUUGUUUUUUAGGAAGCAGAAGAAAUGCGACAAAAACGUAGAGAAGAUUUAAAGCAAAAAGAGGAAAGAAGGCGGGAAACAAAGAGAAGGUUAAAUCAAAGAACAAAACGUGGACAGCCAAUAAUGGCUAAUCAUAUUGAAUGUUUGUUGGAAAAGAUUGAAAGAGGAUAAUAUUAUCAAAAAAGUUCAAAUACGAUUAAGCGGAAUGUUUAGGCGUUCUAAAGAAAUCAAUCCGGGGAUUCCAUUCCCAUUCAAGGAAUAUCCCUAGAGAUAUCGGCCUUCAAGGAGGAAUGACAUUAAAGUAAAGGGUAAAUUCGCAACCAAAGAUUUGACACUGUCGCUGCAGUUUAAAUCAGUGGCGGACAGUGGGAACUGGCUGGUGGCUCAAAUAAUUUUUGAAAGCGUGAAUGAUAUCUGAUUUUCUAUGUUACAACUUUUCCCACCUACAAAGCAGUGGAAGGGUAUAAUGUAAGUUUAUUAUUUAUGGUGGCUAAUAGCCAACAAUUAAUUCUUGGUAAUUUUUUGCGAAACAGAUAUCUGUAGACGAAGACAAAUGUAUUUGUAUCCUCUUUUACGUAUGUACAAAAAUGUGUAUUUUAUACGUAAUCUAUUUCAAUACAUUUAUACAGAUUACACAGAGCCCGAGAUAUUCCAGUUACUUGCGCUAUUUUUUUGUUUGAAUUAUUAACAAUGCAUAGGUAGUGUUCGUUUUGCAUCCUUUCCCACAGAAAGAAAAUUGUCGAAACUUGUCAAAGUCGGGACAUUUUUGUACUUGAUUCCAGGCGAUGCGAUUAGGCCCAAGUUGGUAUGCAAAAAGUCCACUUCAAUAUUUACUGUGUUUACACUUUUGAGACAUGUAUUAUUUUGGUUCAUUGUCAUUUUGAACAGAAUACAUUGAUUCGCGUACCUGAAUAUACCAUUAAACUCAAAAGAAACCG